GAGGAAAGACCCUCCUGUCCCUGGCCCUGGGCCAGCAAAGCCACUAAGGCCCUUUUAACCAUCAUGGCCUUGAAACCCCAAGACCCCUAUACUGGGUUCCGGCAUGGCACCGUGGCAGACUUCAUCAAUAAGAAGAUGUCCAGGCAUGCAAAAGGUCCUGAGUUCUACCUUGAAAACAUGUCUCUGUCCUGGGAAGAGAUAGAAGACAAGAUCAAAGCCAUUCUGGAAGACAGUGAAAUGUCCAUUGAUGCUCAAGAAGCCUGUGCCUGGGGUUGCCUGGCUCUGGGCCUUCGCUUGGCUCUCAGGCGGGGGCACUUACAGGGGCUCAGGGUGCAAUGGCUACAGGACUUUGCCAAACUGCACAAGUCAGCCACUUAUGCCUUGGCCUCAGAUCUGAAGCAGCUCAUAGAGCAGCAGGAGGUGGAGCGCAAGGAGGCUGCCUUCCAGCUGUGGCUAGCCCAUGCCAAACUGGCCCAGGUGCAGAAAGAGAGGGACCUGCUGAGAUGGAAGCUUUUGCAUGCGGAGCUGAGAGCUUUCCCAAGACCAGCUGUGGAGGAGCCAGAACCGGUACAGGUAGAGACACUAGGAGCAGGUGAGAAGCAGGAGGUGGCAGAGGCUGAAGCUAGUGCCACAGGUGGAGAAAGAGGAGGAGGUGAAGAAGAAGAGAAGGAUGUGACCAAUACAGCCCCAGAGGAGGCCACACAGGAGCUAAGCGAAAGCUUCCUGCAUCUUCUUAGAGUUGUCCAGCAGAAAAAUUACACCGCUGGUCAAGAAAGAGAGGGUGAUAAUAAUCCUGUAGAAACAGCCACACUUUAUCUCUCUGGGGCCAUGAAGGCCACGUCCACAUCCUCACCAGAACCCCUUCCUGUCCAGCUCCCUGCCUCUUUCUCAUACAACUACUCAAGCCCUUUUUCCUGUUUCCCUGUUGCAUCUACCCUAUCCCCACUAACAGCCCUGAGUUCAGCACCUAUUGAACCUCAGAUGCCCCCUGACUACUCAGGCUCUGAUGUUAGCUUCUGGUCUACUGUGUGGGCUCCAGAAGCAGACUCUGAGGAACACUACAAAAUGAAAAGAGACCUGGAACUCCAUCAGCAGAGAAAACAUCCAGUGUUUCGAAAGCCUGGGGAUUGGGACUGUCCUUGGUGUAAGGCCGUGAAUUUUUCACGUAGGGAAAAUUGCUUCCGCUGUGGGAGGGCAAUCUGGCUGCAAAAUCCUUAG